CGCAUUGAGCACGCACCUUGGAGACGUACAAACAACAGUGUUGGUGCAUUUUGCAUGUUUUGGUUUUGGGAAACUAAAAUUCGCAAAAAUGCCAGCGGGAGCGUCUGUAAUGAACCGUCCUACCCAGGACCAGAUUGAAGAAAUAAAGGCCAAAAUCAAUCUGCUGGAGGGAGACAGAAAGGCUUACUAUGAAACAUCACAGUUUGCUAUGAAAAAGAAUAGGGAAUCUAUUCUGAAAUUGCGGAAAGAAAACAAGGAGCUUAGAAAGAAAUUGAGUGAUUCUCUAUCGCAAGACCAGCAUGUCAUCAACAAGGCCUUCCAGGAACAUCCUGUGGAGAGAGCCGCCAUGAAAAACAAAACUGGUCGGCAAGCAAUAACCGUGAUGGACUACAAAGUGUGUGACACGGUGAAACGACUGAACGCGCUGCGUCACCAGACGGCAACCAAACAGAAGAGACUGGAGGAUCUGCAGACUCAGUACAAUCAGAUGCAGAAAGAUGCCAGUGAGGCGGUCGCUACAGACAAGGGAGAAUCCUCCGAUGCUCAGCAAAUGCGCUACCUGGAAAACAGCUAUGACAAGACCAGAUUGAAAAUUGAUGAAGCUACUCAUCUCUGCAGAAUCUAUGAAGAUAUUAAGAAAAAGUUGGAAGUGGAAGCGGAAAAAUUCCCGAGCAUCCUCGAUGCAAUGGAAGCGGAAAUCCAGGGCACGCGGACAGAGUUGAAGGAGCUGAAGGCGAUGCACGAUGACGCGCAGAUCUCAAAGGAGGCCGCGCAGUCUGAACUGAGCAAGCACGAAAAGGUCGUGUACUCUGAGAGGAAGCAGCGCGAGGUCGAGCUGGCCAAGAUGAAGAAGGAGGCAGAGGAGAAGAAGAUGCAGCAUGAGAGGAUUGAGCGUAGAAUUGCCCAGAGGAGCUCCAUCCAGCAGGAUGACCUUGCCCUCCAGGACAAGGGCGGAGUGCAGGGGGAGGAGCAGCAGCAGAAGAUCACCACGUAUGAGGAGGCCUUCAAGGAAAUCAAGGAGGCAACGGGCGUCUCUGAUACCAUGGUAAAUGGUAAAGGAAAUACUUGGAAACUUAACACAAGGAUUAUCAUUUUGGAGGUGGUUCACAGGUUCGAGAACCAGAAGGAGACCACACGGCACCUGGAGGACCUCAAGAAAGACAAUGAGAAGCACAUCAUACGUCUCAAGGAGGACAAGGAGAAACUCAAUCUCGAGUUUGAGGAGAUGAAAUACACAGGCGACGCUAAACUCUCCGGUGGACAGCGCAUGCUUGAGGAAUUCCAGACCCAUCUUCAUAAGGAAGAAGACCGAAGGGACAUGGCUGAAGAGAAACUCACUAAGGCCAGCAAAAACCUCGUGGCUGUAAAGGCUGGAGUGGAGCAUCUGGCUGACAAACUCUACCAUCUCAAAGCUAAAAAGAGAGUAAGAACUAACAAAGGUCACGUGCCCCAGGCUCAGAUCGCACCCUCCUCAGAUGAGUACGUGCUAGACCAGCUGUCGACAUGUGAGGAGAAACUGCUGAAACUACUGGAGGAACUCGAUGGACAGGAUCUCAAUGCUGUCGUCAAACAGAUGGAGGAGGAAGAGUUCCAUGCCAGCCAGGAAGGAAAGUUACCACAGUACAACACGAGAGUGAAACUGCCACAACCACAGCGAGAUCUUGUCUACGACGACGAAGAGGACAGUGGGGAUAAUGAUGCUGAUGUGCCAGAUAGAGAUAAGAUCAAGAAACAGUCACAGUUGAUCGUCGACUCGAAAACCAAGCGAAGAACCACCAAGAAAAAGAAGAAGGCUGCAAAAUAAGCGUGCAUUUUCAUGACAUUUGUGACAUUUUGAAAUUUAAUUCAAGGGUUGUGAUUGAAACUGUUGUGUGUUUUUUAUAAAGUAAUCAGUUUUUAUAGAAAAGAAACAUGUUGAAGUGUUUUUUAUUUCCCAGUUCAAAAAACGACCGACGGUAUGGACCUUUUAUAUCUGGCAUCAAUGACAAAAAAUCGCCAAUAAUGUUCAACAAAUAUGAUUUGCAUAUUGUAAAAACACAACCGUUGCUUUAUUGCAUACAAUAGCUUCAGUCGCAACCUUCUUAAUAUGUGUGUUGACACUAAGGAAGUGUGUUGUGAACAAAAUGAAUGAAAACAAAAUUAUGUUAAUAAUUGUGGCAUUUAUGACUUUAUAUAAUUGUCUUGUUAUUUGUCCAGGUCUAUUGAACCUCUUUGGAUAAAAUUAUGUUGGUACACUUAAGUAUAAAGAGAACAAUCUCUCUUGAUGUUGACAUAUGAGCUUAAAUUUGAUCAAAGUAGCAAUUUGAUCAUUGUUGUCGUUUUUCAUUUAUUUAAAUUUGAUUUUAAUUUAAAUGAUUUGGUGUAUAUGACAUAAUUUUAUUAAGAUUUUGCAUGCCAUUAUGUUUAUAAAUAAAACAAAUUGCCUAAAUUUAGAGCAGGGGGCGGGAUGGAUAAUUCAAUAUUUAUCUGCAUCCCCCCCCCCCCCCCCCCCGAUAUUUCAAAGUUCAGGACUAUAAUCUCAAGAUUUUUGCAUAAAUUAAGGGGGGGGGGGGGGAAUUAUUUUUUGCAAUUCAUUUUUUUUUAGAUUAGAUGUGAAACCAAUCUUAUGUCAAGUCCAGUUUGGUAUGGCUGAUAAAACCAAGUUGAGGAAAUAUUGUGUUGGUGUUGAAGAGCUUUAAAUUCAAUGCUCGUCUAAUCUGGUGGAAGAAGGAAAUAAAUGUGUUACCUGGUUCAUUCAUGCUGAUAACUAGUAGUACUAUAGCGAUACAAGAAAGAUGAAAAACUGAUAGAGUACAGGUUAAAAAAGAUAACUUUAUCUUAUUGAGACCUAAUGUGUUUCAUGGUUUUAUGUUUCUACAUUGGAAAACAUCAAUAAACUUGAAAAUAGAAAUUAUCUUACAUGUAAAUACUUGCAGUGUUUAUAGUCUUAUGCAAAAAAGGUUCCAUGUUGUGCUGUUUACUUUAUUUAUGUAUAAUAUUCUAGUAUUUACCAUGAUAUGUGAUACAAAAAAUGUAAAUUAUUUAAUAAAACAACUAAACCACUAA